AUGUUUAUAAAUCUUUUUUUUGAAAUGUUUUAAAAAAAUUCCUCAAAAGUUAUUUUUCAGUUUUCAAGUAAUAAAGUUAAUUUGAAAAUUUCAGAUAAGAGAAAAAUUUUAGAAGCAGAAAUGAAAUCGAAAGUAUAAACUCUUAAAUUUCAAACUAAGAAAUUGUUCCAAACUUUGAUUUCCAAUUUGAAUGCAAAUGAUAUUAAAUUAGAAACCAUUGAAUUUUUGGGAUCAUUACUUCAUGAUUAUGAAUUUCCUAUUUCCAACUUUUUGUAUCUUUUUGAAAUAAAUAGUCAACUUUUCUCAUUUUGGUUAAUUAGUUAAUAUGACUGAUAUUAAAGCAGAAAGUUUAUUGAUAUCAUUAAUUUUAAUAAGAGUUUUUAUUCUCAGAAUUAUAUUAAAGCCUUGGGCUGAAUUUCCAGAUAGAGCUAAAAAAAGAGCUAUUUGAAUAAAAUUGUUUUAUAGUAGGAAGUUUAAUGUAUUAGAUAAUUAUGGAUCUUCUAAAAUCUUAAUGGUUUUCAAAACUUGGUAAUUAAUCUAAUUUACUCUCUAAAUAUCAAACCUAUCCUCGACCUUUAGGACCAUUAUUAUCUGAUAAUUACUAGUAGCCUAAAGAUGUAGCAGAAGUGAGAUAAAUUAUUCAUUCACAUGAUAUUAUAUUACAAACAUACCUUUUGAAUCUAUUACUUCUCAUUUUAAACAGAUAGACUUCUUCAGUGUAAUUUUAUAUUUAUAAUAUUUAGAAUGAUAAUAAUGUUUCAUUAUCUUUUUUUGUUUAAAGCAAGAUUUGGAUUAAUCUAAAUAAAAAAAUGA